GAAUACACAUUUUAAGAGGCUGGUGAGUCGUGUUCCUCCUGUCCACUAGGAGUCGCCAUCCCUCAUGCUUCUCCUCGUUGGUCGCUAGAAAGAGCACUCCAGGAAGCGGGUUCAUUUGUCCUCCUGUCGGUUUAAACAUGAGUGUUUUGACUUACUGUCAGUGAAAUUAUCAGAGAUACUGCGACUCAGACUGUGAUUUUUCAUCGCUUUGCGUCAGAUCAGACUGUGAUAAUGAAACAGGGGUACCAGGAUCUCAUCCUGCAAGCGUGUGGCGCUUCAUCCAUGAGUGUUGGCGAUAAGAUCCAGACCCUGUGGAGCGGUUAUGGAGAGAUAGUUCGGCUCCACUUGGAGAGUUCUGACCGGACUUCCGUUGUCGUGAAACACGUCAAGUUUCCGAAGGAUGCAGAACACCCCGGCGACUGGAACACGGAGCGCUCCCACACACGGAAGGUCCGAUCCUACCAGGUGGAGACCCACUGGUACCAGAAUUAUUCCACCAAUCACAGCUGCCGCAUCCCCUCCUGCCUUGCUGUCUGUUCCCAUGGCGACGAGAUGCUGAUCGUGUUAGAAGAUCUGGAUGUGGCAGGUUAUGAUCAGAGAAGGACCAGCGUGAGGGACAGAGAGAUCAGGGCUUGCCUGAGCUGGCUGGCCCACUUCCAUGCUCUCUUCCUGGAUGUAGUACCAGAUGGUCUAUGGCCCAUUGGUACCUACUGGCACCUGGAGACCCGACCAGAUGAGCUGGAGGCCAUGGACGAUGCUGAGCUCAAAGCAGCAGCCGCCCAUAUCGACAGGAUCCUGAACGAAUGCCACUUUAAAACCAUUGUUCACGGAGAUGCCAAAUUAGCCAAUUUCUGUUUUUCCAAGAGCGGGCUUGAGGUGGCCGCUGUAGACUUUCAGUAUGUAGGUGGGGGGUGUGGGAUGAAAGAUGUUGUGUAUUUUCUAGGAAGCUGCAUGGAGGAGAGGGAGUGUGAAAAAAGGGUACCAGCACUUCUGGACCACUAUUUCACAGAACUGAAGUUAUUUAUUAAUAAAGAUGUAAACUUUGAUGCGCUUGAGAAAGAGUGGAGAGAGAUGUUUGCGUUUGCAUGGACAGAUUUCCAUCGUUUUCUGCUGGGAUGGAUGCCUGGACACUGGAAGAUCAACCGAUACAGUAAACAGCUGGUCAAGGAGGUUCUGUGCAAACUGAAACAGUCAUCUGAACCAGAGCUUCCAAAACCAUAAUGAAAACAACUUGGUGUGACCUUUAAACCUGAAUAUUGGAAAAUAUGAACAACCUCCAGCACUUUCAUCAGCUGUGUACUGAUCAGUCAUUUGUGGAUGAAUAAGUUUUUGAAAAUGUUCUUGUUUACUGAAACAUUUUAGACCUAUAUAAUACACGCUUGUUUUGGUCUAUUCUUGCAUUUCAAACAUUUAAUUAUUGUUAUUGUGUUAAAUGUUUAAAAAAGCAUGCUACCAGUCAUGAAAUACAUACUCACAUUAUGCAAUCUUUUUUUUAAGGAAAUGUUUCAAUGUGUGAUUUUUGUGCUUAGAUCUGAUAUUCCAUUUUUGUUGUAGUCCCUGCAUGGACAAUAAAUUAUUAUUGCAACUGUU